UUAGUUUAUAUCAGGUGAACAGAUUUAUUUUCACCGACUUAUUGAAGAUGGUUUUCUGUUGGGCUGAAAGCCUUCUAUAUGCAGUGAACAUAUGCUUCAUAGCAUUCUCAAUCGUGGACAUAACCCAUUCAUUGCCAACGGCACCAAUUUCACUGGAUGAUAAGUGUACAGACUGUUGUGAUUUAUAUUCGUGUAUGGGACUUGACCAGAUACAAACAAGUGCUAAUGCUUCGGAAAUUACCGACAUGUUAUGCAGCAAGACAAACAUUGCCAUCAUGCCAACCUGUUAUACAAAGCAUAAUUUAAACCAUUGUUCGUACAUGAAAAAAAUGGUUUCAAAAAUACCAUCUGCUGAUAAAAUGGCAGACGGAUACACACAAUUCUGCAAUCAUAAGGAGGAAAUUAAAGCUCUAUCUUCUUGUUUGGUAAACAGCGGUAUAGCAUUAGAUGUGUAUCACAGAUGUACAGUACCUUACAUGAAUGGUAUGAAGGAUAACGACAGCGACGUCUGCGAGACAACGGACACAUACACUCGAUGUGUACUAACGAUGUUAAAGACUACCAACUGCAGUGAUAUCAUUGUUUCAAACUAUGAACAAUCAAUGAAUUUACAAAAACAGGAAAAUCCAUUUUGCACCAAUGCAUCAGCUCAAAUGUGUAAUGUGUUGUAUCUUGUAAUCAGUAUAAUCAGUGUCAGUAUAAUAUCAUGA